AUGAAAACUCUCAUGGUGCUCAUAUUCGGCAUUGCCAGUUCCUGGGCCGCGGACUACGAGCUGUUGCUCGAGGACCCUGAUAUCUUCUCACCCUGCACCGAACCGCCGCCCGGAUCGAUUGGAUUUCUCGAUGCCUUCGACAUUGGCAAUCUGGUACUCAACCAGGACGCGGACAUCAUUCACCUGUCCGAGAGUCUCACCUCAAACUGGGAUGUGGAGUCCACAGAUCGCAUAUCCGCUAGGUUUGCAUUAAUGCACUACAACCGAGGCAGCUGGGAACCGACUAUAUUUAGCAUGGCCACGCCGGAUUUCUGCGCCUCAAUGUUUGAUGAGAAUCAGUCAUGGUUUAAGUACUGGACCAAACACAUUUCGAACCGUGAUGAGGUGAUGGAAAAAUGCUUUAAAACGCGUGGUACCGUUCUGAUGCACAAUCCAUUCGAUCUGCAGCUGCGUCUAACGGACAUCCGUGGCGCCACUCUAAGGGGUCGUUACAAAGCUGUGGUCACCUUUGAGGCUGUCGAUGAGAUGGACGUACCGCGCCGUAAUUCUAUUUGCUUCGAAAUCAGAGGAGAAGCCGAAAAGAUAAACUAACUCAUGGUUUAGUCUGUUCAAGGAGCGGCAUUAAUAAUCUAACAAAAAAUAUAAACGCAGGAUCUACAUUUUUCGAAAAUAAAAUAUAUUAACUAUCUG